AUCACUUCCGGGUACAAUGACUCUCACAACAUCAGCUUUAUGGUCGGCGAAGCAGCGAAUAAUUGCUAACGCUAAUUCUUUUGUUCAUUUGUGUCUUCGCCCACAGUGGAAAACAUGUCAGAUACGGAAACAAAACCAUCGAGCCAAGACGGUGGAGAUAAGAAAGAUGGAGAAUACAUCAAAUUGAAAGUGAUCGGUCAGGACAGCAGUGAAAUCCACUUCAAAGUAAAGAUGACAACGCAUCUGAAAAAGCUGAAAGAGUCUUACAGCCAGAGACAGGGCGUCCCAGCAAGUACACUCAGGUUUUUGUUUGAAGGACAGAGAAUAGAAGAUAGCCAAACUCCUAAAGAGCUGGGGAUGGAGGACGAGGAUGUCAUUGAGGUGUAUCAAGAACAGACGGGUGGACUUUGGAAUGAUUAAAUCUCCUGUCUUCUUAA